GCUAAACUAAACGCAUUUAUGCUUUCUCAAGCACGUGAAAAGUAAAGAUUUUGUAGGCAUAGAGAUUUUGUUCAAUUAAUAAAAUUUGUAAAUAUGAAUGACAAACAUAUGGAUUUUGAAGACUGUAAGAGCGAUGACAGUGGUGAUGAUUGGGAUGAUACAAAUGACGAUGUAUUACUAGUCAAAUGUUUAUUUUGUAAUGAAGAAAUUGGAGGUUAUGAUAAUGCCAUAAACCACCUUAAAUUAACGCAUUCAUUCGAUUUGCCAAAUUUAAUAAAAGAAUAUCAGUUAGACGAUUAUUCUUUUAGAAAGCUUAUCAAUUACGUUAGAAAAAAUAAGUUAUCACCUGACGAAUUAGUGUCAAAAAAGAGAGAAGAGUGGGACUGCAAUGAUUAUUUAACUCCAAUCAUACAAGACGAUGCUUGGUUGAUGUUUGAUGUUGAAGAGUUGGAAGAUGAAUUAAUUGGUUCCACUGAACGAACCAUUGAUACGAUCGACGAAGCAGAUGAAUUAAAUUCAUCAUUAGAGUGUUUAAAAAAGUCGAAUUCCUACCUGGUCAAUGCAGAAAACGGGUGUAUAACGUUAUCAGAAAAACACUUUGCUGAAUUACAACGAUCAAUUAAAUUAUUAAAAUUAAAAGUUAAACAACGCGAAUCCGCUUUCCAAUUAGCCCAAGAGAAAAUUGAUCAGAUGCAAAAGAAAAUCAAGGAAAUAUUCAGCGAUGAUGAUUGUGACCUACCAAAAAACCAAUUAACUUCUGACGUAGUUAACGACGACGGUUAUUUUAAUACUUAUAGCCAUUUUGCAAUACAUCACGAAAUGUUGACGGAUACCGUCAGAACUGAGAGCUAUCGUGAUGCUCUUUUGACCAAUUCUCAUAUUUUCAAAGAUUGUACAAUGUUAGAUGUUGGAUGUGGUACUGGUAUUUUAUCAAUGUUUGCUGCUAAAUCUGGAUGUAAAAAAGUUAUUAGUGUAGAUCAAUCUGAUGUUAUUUAUCAUGCAAUGGAUAGUGUCAGAGAAAAUAACUUGAGUGAUAUGAUUGAAUUAAAAAAAGGUCGAUUAGAGGAUUUAGAUCUUGGUACUGAUAAAGUUGAUGCAAUAGUGUCUGAAUGGAUGGGUUAUUUUUUAUUAUUUGAAGGAAUGCUAGAUACUGUUAUUUAUGCACGAGAUCAUUAUUUAAAACCAGGUGGUAAAUUAUUACCAAAUCGUUGUACCUUGAGUAUAGUUGGAAGUGGAGAUACAAAACGUUAUAUUGAUUAUGUAGACUACUGGUCUAAUGUUUACGGCUUUAAAAUGACUUGUAUGAAAGCAAAAGUGAUUAAAGAACCAAGCAUUGAAAUUAGUAAUAUUAAUGAUAUUGUUACCAAUGUUUCACUUAUUCAAGAUUUUGAUCUUUAUACUGUAAAUAGUGAUUGUAUAAACUUUACGGCGCCUUUCGAAUUUACUAUUAAAAGAACGGGAUCACUUACUUCAAUCGUUGGAUAUUUCGAUGUGUUUUUUGACCUCGAAAAUCCAAUACAUUUUAGCACUGGACCACAUGCGCAACCUACUCAUUGGAAACAAACUGUAUUUUCUCUCAGCGAACCAAUUAGUAUUACAGAGGGAGAAAUAAUCAAUGGAAAAUUAGUAUGUCAACGACAUCCAAAAAAUAAUCGUGCGUUGAUUAUUACUAUUCAUAUAAAAAAUCACAGCCAAACUUUUUAUCUAGAUUAAAUUUUCCAAUACUGCCGGAGAAUUUCGAGUUAUACAAGUAGUUAUAGGACAGUUUGAAAAGUUUUAAUGAAUUUAAACUUUUACAAUUCCUAAAACUUCAAUUUCGAUACAACGAACUUAUACUCUAUCUAGUUUUUAUUUUUAUUUAAAUAUUUUUUAUUAAAACUUUUUACAUUAGAAAUAAAUAUUCUAGUUUUUUAGAAUAUUAUAAAAUUUUGUAAUAAAACCAAAAAAAUAAAAGUUUAGAAAAAAAAUGGUAAAAAUAUAAAAGAACAUUACAAAAGAAAAAAAAAUGAAAGUUAUCGAAUUAAAAUCAUAGUGAGA